AUGGAAGCUAAGCGCAAUGCCCCGAAACAACAAGCCCGAAACCAACGACCAGAGAAGCGCCCGCCCCUAACGCAUUUUCUAUGUCUUCCACUAGUCAAUAUCUCCUCAUUAUCCCAAUUAGAGUCAUCAGUUGCGUCCUUCAAGGCAGAAUAUCCGCCAGUACCGGUCACAAAUCUGCUAGAUGCCUCGACUAGACAAGAUGCGCGCGCGAUCAUUCCCGAAGGCGCAGUUCGUCCGCUGGGUACGCUACACCUUACUAUUGGAGUCAUGAGUCUCCCGACACCAAACCGGCUCGCGGAGGCAUUGCGGUUCUUUCAUUCGCUCGAUCUAGUUGAUCUAAUGCGCGAGGCGGGGCGGGUUGCCACGAAGUUGCGAGAUAAAAGAAAGUCUCACCUUCCCUCAAAUCCCGAGUCUCGGGCAUCUGUGACUAAAACAUUGCGGGAUCCGGGUCCCAUGCAUGUUUCGCUCCAGUCACUUCAUUGCUUGCCACGGGCAAAAGCCGCGACUGUUCUACAUGCUUUUCCUGAGGAUCCCACUGGACGAUUACAUCCAUUUUGUCUGAUGCUGCGGGAUAAGUUCAUCGAAGCUGGGCUUAUACAGAAUGAAAAUAAAGACAAGCAAAAAGACUAUAAGAAUGGCGUGAAAGAUGAUCGGCCUCAUUCGGAGUCUGAAAUCGCUCCCAUUCCAUCGGACCCCUACACAGUUGCUCUCAACCGCAUUCCGAAACCACGUCCUCUGCUUUUGCAUGCGACUAUUGUGAACACAAUUUACGUUCGGGGAGGACCAAAACCUAAGCCUGACGCUGGGCGUUCCAAGAAGGGGAAGAACAAUUCCAGACGUCUUGAAUUCGAUGCACGAGUCAUAUUAGCCCGGUACCAGAAUUACUACGUCGAUGAAGCGCGAACAGUCCCCCGGGUAGAGCGUCCCGCACGCUCUGAAGUCUUGGAAGCUACGCAGAAUGAAGAUAAUAGGGGCGCGGGUCCACCUACAAAAUUAUCACCUCAAUACUCCUUUGCCUGGGCAAAAGAGAUUCCCAUCGACACGGUCUGUAUCUGUGAAAUGGGCGCGAGGAAACUCCCUCUUGACUCUGAAGAUGCAGAUUUGAAUAAGCGGCUAGGAGAGAAGUAUACUGUCAUUGCUCAGCGGAGUCUUGAGGCAUCACACAGUUCUACAUCGACGGAGAGCGCGGGAGUGAUGGAGGUUUGA